CAUGCUAGCAUUCAAUUAUAUAUAUAGAACAGUAUAAAUAACAAAACUAAAAUUUGCAGAAAUAUCUUCCUCAAAAAUGGAAAAUAUAAAAAAUUAUUACUCGUGAACUGUGAUCUGAGAUUUGAUAGGUUUCACUAAACCCUAGAAAUCAUUUCUUUUAGCCCCAUCUCAAUUUCAGUGUCAUUUGUAAUUUAUUGCCAUUGCAAUUUUGUAUAUUUAAGGUUUUUUUAAAUUUUUUUUUUACCAAUUUUUGACUGGUAGGAUUGAAUUGAUGUAUAGAUAGUUUGUAUUCUUUCUGGUUUUGGGUAGUUUGUAUUUGAGAUAAAGAAGCAAACUCUUUAUCUUCACUUGCUGUAAAAUGACAAACUCUUUUUUUUUUUUUGCAUUUUUAGUAUUUAAGACUCUAAAUUGAGAGUUUUGGUGAAGUGGGUUGUUGUUAUUAGAUCGAUAAAUAAGCAGGAGAGGAUUGAUUGUAACUCUAGAGAUCGUUUGGUUAAUUGGGUAUCACUUUUCUUGGUGAAUUUUUUGGUAUUAGAUUGGCAUUACCAGAUUCGUGUAGUGGGGAAAAAUUUCUGACGUUUUUGAGUUGAUUUUGUUGAAGUGUUCAAAAUUUGGUGCAUUUUUUUGUUAGAUUGGCAUUACAAGAUUCGUAUAGUGAGGAGAAGUUUCUGGUGUUUUGAGCUGAUGUUGUUGAAGUGUUCGAAAUUUGGAGGUGAAAUUUAGUGAAAAGAUUCAUACUUUAAGAAGAUAAAGUGGAACUUUUUUCUGAUGUGGAUGAGUGGAGGGGGGCAAUGGGAGGUGAAGUUUUAGGAUUGAGGGGACAACAAUGACUACAGGGUCAUUGGGUCUUCGUUCUUCAGGAAGUUAUGGUUCUUUGCAACAACAACUAUUUCAGAAUAGUUCAUCACCAAUCCAAACAACACCCCCUAUACCAAGAAAGCCUCCAAAAGUGUUUAAGGAGAAAGAAGGAUUGUUUCUCUGGAUCUGCAAAUUUGCCCCUCGAAAGAAUGUCGGGAUGUUGCUACUCUGUGUUGUUUCUGCUGCAGCUUUUCUGUGGGUCUUGUAUGUUGGCAAAGGUGAAGUUGCAGUAGAACAAAGUAAUAGGAUGUUUGCUCCAGAAACUGUACAUAAAUAUAUUUUUAGGGGUAUUGAGUCGAUACAAAGAAAUAAUGUUGGCCGAAGUGCGUCAACUGUCCAACCUCCUCCUCCACCACCUCCUCCUCCCGUUCUUCCUCCCUCUCCUCCUGUAUAUUUCAAAGGAUACACUCUUCCCCCUGGAAAUCCAUGUGAAGGCUUCACGUUGCCACCCCCACCAGCAGAUAAGAAGAGGACUGGACCACGGCCAUGUCCGGUGUGCUACCUUCCUGUUGAACAAGCUAUUGCACUAAUGCCUGAUGCACCGUCCUUUUCUCCUGGUGUUAGCAAUUUGACUUACAUCCAUGAAGAAAAUCAGAUUAAAACCGAGUUUGGAGGUUCAGAUUUCUGUGGAUAUCCUUCGCUGAUUCAGAGGAAUGAUUCUUAUGACAUAAGAGAGUCCAUGAGUGUGCAUUGUGGUUUUGUCAGAGGAAUCAGGCCUGGACAUCAGACAGGUUUUGACAUUGAUGAUUCUGACCUUCUUGAGAUGGAAUCUUGUCAAGGUGUUGUGGUGGCAUCGGCAAUAUUUGUUUUAUCAAAUAUAUUCUUGAUAGGGGCUUUUGAUUUGAUACGGCAACCAAAGAAUACCAGUGAAUAUACAAAGAAAAAUGUCUGCUUCUAUAUGUUCGUGGACGAGCAAACAGAAGCAUUUUUGAGAAAUUCAAGUGAACUGAAUAGUAGCAUGAGAAUUGGUUUAUGGAGAAUUGUUGUUGUUCAUAAUCUACCCUAUGACGAUCCAAGGCGAAAUGGAAAGGUCCCAAAGCUUCUACUCCACAGGCUUUUUCCUAGUGCUCGUUAUUCUCUAUGGAUUGAUGGAAAACUUGAGCUUGUCGUGGAUCCAUAUCAAAUACUUGAAAGGUUCUUGUGGAGAAAAAAUGCAAGCUUUGCAAUAUCAAGGCACUACAAACGUUAUGAUGUUUUUGUAGAAGCAGAAGCUAAUAAGGCAGCUGCAAAGUUUGAUAAUGCUUCCAUCGACUUCCAGGUUGAAUUCUAUAAAAAGGAAGGACUAACUCCAUAUUCCCGGGCUAAACUUCCUAUUACAAGUGAUGUCCCUGAGGGAUGUGUAAUAAUAAGGGAGCACAUUCCAAUCUCCAAUCUUUUUACUUGUCUUUGGUUCAACGAAGUGGACCGUUUUACUCCAAGAGACCAAAUAAGCUUUGCCAUUGUAAGAGAUAAGAUCAUGUCAAAGACAAAUUGGACUGUGAAUAUGUUCUUAGACUGCGAACGACGUAACUUUGUGAUUCAGGGGUAUCACAGAGACAUUCUUGAGCGUCCGACUCCACCUCGUGCAAGUAUAGUCGUUCAUCCUCCACCUCCUGUAAUUCUUGAAGCCCGGCAUACCUCACCAUUUGUUCCAACAUCAACUGUCAUAACCACUCCAAUCAAAAAGAUUCCCACGAAGCGUGGGAGAGAGAGGAAAUCCAAGCGUCAUAGAAAAAUCAUUGCUGGAAAUAAAGAUCCUAAUUCCAAUUGAAAAUUUUGACGUGAGCAAAAUUUUUACAUUUUUUUCCUUCCCUGUUUUCAGUAUAUCAAAAUCGCGGGGUUAGGAACUGUGAAAGAUGAAUGUUAUAGCUGUUGUUUCCCAAAAAAAGGUCAGUAUUCAAGUUCUUCAUAAGAUUCUUUAGGUGUCAAUUUUGUCUAAUUUUUUGUUGUAUAUAUUGGAGUCUUGGUAUGUAUUGUCAUAGCAAUUUUACACUACAAAUUGCCUUAUCUAAUCACUAGCUUCAUGUA